AUGGGCCGCUACGACUUCCGCCCGAUGCGGGUGCGCCAGACCGCGAAAGCCCUCUUCGACUCGAAACGCGAACCCAACCUACCGCAAUGGUACGACGUCGUCGGAAACAUACCGCCCGGCGAGACGCUCGCCCGCCCAGUCCUGCGCAUACCCAAGAUGCGAAAGGCGCGGAAAGCCAGCAAACUAUUCCAACCACUCCCCAUCGCAUACCCAGAAGACAAGCUGCGUUCAGAAUUCUUCGGCGACCACCCAUGGGAACUGGCACGGCCGCGGCUAGUCGUAGAAGACAGCGGCAACGACUCCAAGAAAUACGACUGGAGUAAGAUUGUCCAGCCAGGAAAGCAAUUAGACGGUGAAAGCGUCGUCCAACGCCAAAUGUGGCUAAUGAAGCACGCCUCCCUCUCCAAGUCCUCCGCCUACGAUCUCGCCCGCCGCGAAUUCUACCAACACCGCCACCUCUCCGAAAUCCGGUCCCGCAUCGCCAAAGAAGAAGCCCUGCACGUCGGCGCCUACUUCGGCAAAGGGCCCCUCGAGAUCGGAAUGGAGCUCGAAGACCGCACGUGGGAGAACUGGAAGGCGUGGGCUGCCCAGCAAAUUGAGGACGAGCAGAGUAUGCGCGCCCAGAUGUUUAGUGGGCAGCAGGAUGAGGGGUUGGGGGAUGCGGCCGAGAUGAGUACGGCGGAGUAUGAUGAGGCGGUGCAGGAGAUUCAGCCUAGUGCGCCGAAUAAUCCGCAGGGGAUGAGGCCCAUGGGGGGUGUGGCGGCGCAUGCAUAG